AUGUGUAUAGGACAAUGGAAGUGUCCAGGCUCUGUGGCAACGAGUGCACAAAGCGUAGUGGGGAAGAUCAUUGAGAGUAACCCCUCAUCCCAAAAAACAUGGAAGCCGCACUGGUUCUAUGCCUCAGGUGUGUGGGAGUUCGCUGAGGGGGUGGACCCGAGGCGUCCUAUGAUUCAAAGGCGCUUUAGAAUGCCAAGUUGGGCAGUCAUGCGAGAUGCGUCCAUUAAGCACUGGAGUUGGACCGAGCCGAUCUCUCACUUGCUGAGCAAGAACAAGUGGACGUGGUACUCGCGUACCGAGAGAGCCGCAGAUAAGCUUCUUAUCAGAGAAUGUAUGAUCAGCCCUUCAGGUGAGUUGACUGCCCCUUUGUGUAAUAAGUGUAAUCAACAUGAGUUUGGCCGGGCUGAACUGUUCCGUGUUUAUACAGCGAUGAGGCCGAGCCGAAACGACCAUACAAUGCAAGCUAAGCUGAUGAGGAUGGCCAAGGGUUCAUAUGGUGGAUCGACUGGGGGUUCGCAGCCAAUUCGGGUUUGUGCGUCUCCUUAUAUGUCUGUGGCUCGGAGCCAAGCCACCGGGGUAACCACCAGCCCUGCUUAG